AUGUCCAUCACAGGCUCCGUCUGGCUGCGUAACCCAAAAACAUUUGUGAAUCCUAACCUGCAAGAGUUUCCUGAUCUGAGAUUAAAAACCCCUGCUUUCAGUAUACAGGGGGUCCUUAGAGUGGGGAAAAAGCCACUGGUUUCUAAACUCUUUUGGGACUCUGAUCAACAGGACGAUACACCGAAGCAUGAUCGCCGUAUCUGUGUCAAACCUUUUAAAAGGAGGCCAGUGCGGAGGGGGAAGAUUCAGAAGACUGUAAAUCUGGGAGUUAAUGGGAUGAACGUCACUGUCAUUGUUUCCGAAUUCAUUUUGCAAUGUGCCAUCAAUUCACAGCAGAGAAGCCAAACGAUCUCAGUCCUGAUUUUUGCAUACUUAGUCACCCUUUUUGGCAACCUGUUUGUGAUUGUGGUCAUUAAAAGUAAUCGUCACCUCCAAACGCCAAUGUAUUUGUGCAUUGCCACACUGGCGUUCAUCGAUCUGCUCAACAGUACUAACCUGAUUCCAAAAAUGGUGGCAGUUGUUUUAGACUCAUCGGUUAUUUUGUAUGGACUUUGCAUUUUUCAGAUGAUUUUCCUAUCCCAUUUGGAUGUGGUUGAAUUGUUUCUCUUCGUCCUUAUGGCUUGUGACCGGUUUAUAGCUGUGGUUCAUCCAUUAAGAUACCCCGUGCUUAUAACGAACAAAAUUAUCUGCAUUGGCAUCUUCAUGUGCAAUGUUGUUAGCAUAUUAAUCCUCUUACCAUACAUGAUUUUUGUUGCUGAGCUUUCCUUCUGUCAUACUAAUGUCCUGCCAUACUGUUUUUGUAAUUAUGUUACAAUGGUUCAUGUUUCGUGCAAUGAAGAUCCCAAAUACUUGGCUACGUUAUCUUCCACAGUUACUCUGUUUGGUGUGCUCCCACUAGUAGUCAUUCUGUUCUCAUAUUACAGGAUUGUUCGGGCAGCACUGAAGAUCUCCUCGGUGGAUGGGAAAAAAAAAGCACUCAGCACCUGUGUGACCCACCUUAUUGUGACGGGACUUUUUUAUUUCCCACUGAUGAUAUCAUAUACCUUACCAGGGACUGGGAUUAGACUGUCUGAAGAAGCUUUCAAUACAAUGGUCAUUAUUGCCAAUAUUAUCCCUCCAAUGAUGAAUCCCAUGAUCUACAGCUUCAGGAACCAUGAAAUAAGAGUAAGCAUUUAUAAAAUGGUUGCUUACAAGAAGUCAGAAUUUAAAAUGAAUGUCUAA